AUGCGCAACGUCGCGUACAAACAACGCAUCGCCAAGUACUAUGACUCCCGAGUCAAACCCAUUGCUUUCAAGAUUGGGGAUUGGGUCAUGCGCAAGGUCUCCUUGGCCACCAAGAACCCUACUGAAGGUACCUUGGGCCCUACAUGGGAAGGUCCUUAUGAGAUUACCAAAUUUUGCCGCCCCGGCACUUAUCAGCUUCGUGAUCAAAGUUUGCCUCAUCAUUGGAACGCUGAUCACCUUAAGUAUUACUGUAAGUAA